GGACUUUGGCGCUCAGUUUAACACGCGCCGGCGUACCGUGCGUCUCGGUCCGCGAUUUUCCCUCGAUCGCCGAGCUCGACGGAUCCGCUUGGCGGACGGAUGGCGAUUUAAAAGUCGCGCGCGGCCGUGGACCGGGACGUCGUCGGGUGCUAGGGAGAAAUUUCAUCGUGUUGUGUUUUGUUUUUUUUCCUCUCCUCUACGCCGCCGAGGGACCCUCUGUGCGCGGCGAUGGUGCACGUCGCGAAUAUCGGCGUGUAGAAGAAGAGGCGGCGGCGGCGGCGUCGGCGUCGGCGUUUCGCGGCUCGCAUCAUCAUCAUCGUCGUCAUCAUCGUCAUCUGUCAGUGCUCCGGCGGCGACGGCGGCGGUGCGUACGAUCGUAGGGCUUCCCCGCCUUCCUCGCGUCGCAGCGGAGCGACCGCGAUGACGACCGAGAGCCCGAAGGUGGAGUUCGCCCUCGGCAGCGAGGUCUCGCCGGGUCGCUUCUUCAAGAGCGCGUUCGCGCGGAACUUCAUCAGCAGCGGCCGCGAAUGCAAGUCCCUGGAUUACGAGCUGGUCGACAACGUCGCGGAGAACGAGGGGGAUCGCAACAACAACGCCCGGAACAACAACUUCUUCUCGCUCGUGAAUUUCGCGGCGGCAAACGGCGGCGGCGGCGGCGGCGGCGGCGGCGUCGACGAUGCCGCGGCGCGAGCCGCCGCCGCUCUCUGGGAGCAACCGAAGCCGAAGGAGGCGGCACAGCCGGCUGCAGAUGCGAAUGAAUUGGAGAAACUUCGAAAGCAAUGCCAGUCGUUGAAGAAGGAAAACCGGAGGUUGCAGAGCGCCUUCCUGCAAAACGUCUUUCUUCAAGCGCGAGUCGACACGCUCCAAUGGCAGGUCAAACAGGUCGAAUCGAACAGACAGAUGUAUCGUUCUACGAUGGAACAGGUCGCUCAUUUCCUGGGCCGGGCUCACAGGAGCCUGGAGAUCCUGCACGCCAAGGAAAAUCCCAAGGAUAAGAGACGUGUGCCACGUAGCCGCAGCGUGCACACGGUGGUGCACGCGGAUCCGUCGCCGAGUCGCGGAACCGGGACACCGUCGUCGACGUCGUCGCCGUUCACGCGCGCCAAAUCGGUCACUCAGAUCGGAUCGCCGAAUGCUACCUGCUUCCGCGAGUUCACCUGGUCGGUUCUACGAAGAAACGACCCGGUGCACUGCACGUCGCCACGUGUCAAGCCAUCGCCGGAUCUCAAUAAGACGAACGACGUUCCUGACAACGUCGCCUACCGCGAACCCAAGCAGACGGAAUUGAAUCCGGACGAGAUACCGCCGGAGAAGCUGUCUCAGGAAGCGUUUAGGUUACUGAGGACUGUCGAGUCUUUGCUAUCGAUGCGGGAGCCCGAUUUAGCGAGAAUGACUCCAGUCGAGGAAGGAUCCUCGCCUUCCCCUACGGUGGACCGUCACAACGAUACAUCUUUCUCUAUAUCGAGUGGCAAUUUCGCCAACUCGACGAUCUUGCAAGAGGCCGCUGCCUAUUCCGGAAGUUCCAGCAGCAAUCGUGGAAACGAAUCGAUCAGCGGUCAGCAAAGCGACAGCAGAUCGCCGAGUCUCGUUAAAACGUCCGUCACCGAGUUUACCCGAAAUCUGCAGAGCUUCGUGCCGAGCGUGAGAAGAUCGCCCGACACUGCCUCCUGGAACUCCGGUAGCAGUAAAACGACCGAAGAGGAGGACGUCACCGCGUCGUCGAACGGAGCCACGUCCAACGGCACACCGAUCUCGACGAUCAGCAGAGCUGCGAAGCGGCUGGAGAAGAAGGAAUCUACGGGACCAGGUGGCAAGGCUAAGGUCAAGCCGGCCAGCAGUCCGGUGAGCAGCGGCGAGGGUGAAAGCGGAUUCUUCUCGAUCAGCUCCUUCCAGGAGGUAGGCCUGCCCGCUUCGGCAGCCCUGUCGAUCACGCCGAUCAAGGGAUGUCACACCGAGGUAGGUUUACCGGAAGUGCCCCUGGACAAGACCAGGCAUCGACGGUGGUCCUCCACGCCGGCGGAGAUCCAGGCGCUCUUCAAGCAGCACCGCGCGAGUUUUGGCGGCACGCCGCAAACCGCCACCGAAUCCGUCAGCGUCUGUUGGGUUUGAGUGUCGCGGGAGCCGUGCCGAUUAUGAUCCCACCGCAAGCGAUUGUCCUGGUUUCAGUCGGAUCUCGCAGACUAAGACUAGCAGCUCGGACCGCGAACGCAAUUUUCAGGAACAAUAUCUAGAUAAAUCAAUAGAAUAUUCAGUAACUUUGUAAAUAACUUCUUACGCAGUCGCUUCUUUCGUUACGUUGAUACAGUUUGUAGCAUUGAUAGACCGAUCGAUAAUAAUUGCGAUUCGAUCGUUCCGAUACGAUGACGACUCGAACGUACAUGAAAAUUGUUUCGUCGCUACACGAAACUAUAUCGAUGCAUGCAAUUGAUUAAACUUUUUUUUUUACAAGAAAAUUAUCUAUUGGAAUGUGUUAAUAGAUAAUAAGGAAGUUAAUAGAUGAUAAAAAAAAUUAAAAAUUGAUACACGUGCGUAACUGGGCGAUUUUCGUAGAUGCGGCCAUUCUGUAAGUAUAGAAAAGAAGACUAGUGUAAUCCCGACAAUUUUGCAAUCAGCCAUAUCUCUUGUAGUUUCACUAUUGAUAUUCCGUGCAUUUCAUUAUCGAUGGAACUUUUACCCGUCCCUGCACACGCGCGCGCGUCUCCAACAAUGACUUUGUGCAUGACAAUGACGUUGUUCGUCAGAAAUUUUGUUUCGGAAAAGUUUUUUUUUUUUUAAAGGCCGACGCGUUAAGUAUGUUUUGCGAUUGACCAUUGUUCCCAUUUGGCCGUCAUUGAUUAGUCAUUAUUUAAUAAAUUAAUUAUUUUUGGAUUCAUGUAAUUCGGUUGGAAUAUAAUUAAAGCAAGUUUAAUAAUUUAUACUAAUGUAUCGCAAUAUAGAUUAAGUUAACAUAAUUCGAUUUAUUAGAUGCGUGACAGAUUAAAGUCGAAAGAACGCAAAACAUAAAUAUAUUUUGCCAUUUUGAUCGAAGAAUUGAAAUCUGCUGCAAAUGCUUUUGCCAAACGUUUACUUUGUUCUACAUUUCUUUUAUUCCUGUGUACGUUAAUAGCGGCGCAAAAUAUUUUCAACGUAGUAUUUCCAGGUUGUACAUAAUUGGAGCUGUUCGCAAUUAUUUAAUAUUGUUACAUCAUUCGUGACGUAGCGUUCAAUUUUAAAGAAUUUUCGAUACUGACAGACGAAACUAUAUUUCUCACAAAUCAGUUCAUUAUAAGAUCGUAUAUUCUAAUUCACGUGAACAACACAUCUUUUAAUGUAAUGAAACAGCGUGAUCUGAGACUAUUAUAGUUCUAGACUUAACAAUAUUGCGUUCUCUACAUAUUCCUCAUUGUGCGCAAUUUGUCAUUUUCAUUCGUAAUUAUAAUACAGCUGAAUAUCAUGCCAAAA